AACAAAGUAAAGGCAGGGCAAUCGAAGGAAAUGCAGUCCUCCGCCUUCUCAUUCUCGUCUGCAGUUCCAUUCAGAAACUCUGCGACUUGUUCGUUUCGGGUGACGCCAACCACCUUACCCGAUUCUUCAACCAUGGCUGCUCCCAAAUGGGCUCAGAAGACAAUAACGCUCCCUCCUCACAACCGUGGCUGUCAUCUUAUUACUCCCAAGAUCUUGAAGGAAAUUGGAGAAGAUUUGUCAGGAUUUAAAUGCGGUCUUGCAAAUCUUUUUUUGCAGCAUACCAGUGCGUCAUUGACUAUCAAUGAAAAUUAUGACUCAGAUGUUCGAGCUGACACUGAGACUUUUCUUAAUAGGGUUGUCCCAGAGGGAAGGUCUGCACCAUGGAAACAUACCCUGGAAGGUCCAGAUGAUAUGCCAGCACACAUCAAGUCAUCAAUGUUUGGCUGUGCUCUCACGAUACCAAUUACAGAUGGACAGCUUAACAUGGGAACUUGGCAGGGCAUUUGGCUGUGUGAGCAUCGUGAUGCACCUACUGCACGUAAGGUUGUAGUCACCUUAAAUGGAAUAUAAGAUGCAAGCAAUGAGAUAUAUAUGGUACGAAGUUUACUUUGAAACCUGUAAUCCAGAUAUAUAUAUACACACAUAUAUAUAUAUACACUGAUUGUAGUAUAUCUAGCAUAGCUUUGUUGUUGAAGUUGUUCAUUGGUUUGUCACUGAUUCCUUGUGAGUGGAUAUAUAUAUAUAUAUAUAUAUAUAUAUAUAUAUAUAUAUGGUUCCUAAACAAUCCCUUGUUUCUGAUUGCCUAUUAAUGGGAGGAAGAUGGAUGAUGUUGUGUUGGAUUUUUAUUAAUGUAAAUAAUGAUAAUGACGGAUGGGUG